UACAUGUGGGUAUAUACAAUAUAUAUACGCGAAAGUGGUCGAUUUGCGAACACGUGGUGACUUUUGGCAAGGGAAAUUCGGAGGAAUAUUUAAGGCAAGGGUUUUUUUCCAGUUCACUGCAGCUUUCACGUGCACAGCGUGCACUGCGCAGGUCCGAAGAGACGAAAAAGCCGCCGGUUGAGGCGCUGUUGCAGGCCAGUGAGACUUGAGAGAAGAAGCCACAACAUUAGACAAAACAUAGUCGUUAUAGUCGUCUCGUCACCGUCAGUCGUCAACUCGUCAGUCGUCACUCCAACGGUGUAGCUGCUGGACACCCGCCAUCAUUGUUUUGCUUGGAAUUUCGCAAAAGCCCAAACUUCAGCUGGAUCCUGUUUUGCAUAUCUUUGUUUAAACUUGAAUUUGGCGAGCAGAUACUCCGUCUUCAGGACAUCUCUAUCGAUUUCUUCCAGGCGAAGAAAUUACGCAUAUAUAACAAGAUGCCGAGCAUAAAGUUGAAGAGCUGUGACGACCAAGUGUUUGACGUUGAAGUUAAAGUUGCGCAAUGCUCCAUUACCAUCAAAACUAUGUUGGAAGAUCUGGGUAUGCCAGAGGAGGAUGAUGAUGAGGAACCAAUCCCUCUGCCAAAUGUUAAUGCCACUAUUUUAAAGAAGGUUCUGGAAUGGGCUACCUUCCACAAAGACGAUCCUCCAGUAAACGAAGAUGAAAACACAGAAAAAAGAACGGAUGACAUUUGCGAGUGGGAUAUGGAGUUCCUUAAGGUUGACCAGGGUACACUAUUUGAGCUCAUAUUAGCUGCAAAUUAUCUGGAUAUCAAAGGACUACUUGAUGUAACUUGCAAAACUGUAGCCAAUAUGAUCAAGGGUAAAACUCCAGAUGAAAUACGUAAAACAUUCAACAUCAAAAACGAUUUUUCCCCGUCAGAAGAGGAGCAAGUUCGCAAAGAAAAUGAAUGGUGUGAAGAGAAGUAGUAAGGCACUCGAGACCCAGUAUCACACCGUUAUUUAUUUUCUUAGAUCACGAAAAAUCUUUUCUCUAUUGUAGCAUUCUAUUGUUAUAGAGAGAUGAGGCAUUGAAAUGAUCUUAUUCUAUUUUUAUAUUCCCCACUGUAUGAAAAGUUAAUAGUGCAUUGAAAAAUUAAAGAGUUUAACAAUAUAAAGGUACCUAUAAAUAUAGUCUUAAGGAGUGUAAACUGAAACUGUAAAAUAUGGGGAGCAAGUAAAGUUAAUUUUUUUAUACUGCAGUUUUUAGUAAUUAAAAACAUUCUUGUAUGUAGAUAAUUGUAAGUAAAGUAAAAGCAAAGUUGAUAUCAAUGCAAUAGAGUGUUGAUGAGAUUAAGACCGCUGUUAUGCACUUGGAUAAGCUCAAGUUUUGAUAAUGUCUAUAAUGUUAUAAGUCAGUAUUAUACAAAAAUAUUCCUUUCAAAUGAUUAAAAUGUUUUAUGUUCACCAGAAUCUCGAGAUAAUAUACACAUAAUACUAAUAGCAGCAAAUAAACUAGUUUAAUUCAAACUUUCUUUGCGAAUCCUUAAAGAACUUAGCAUAUACGUAACGCCGUUUCAUCAGUUCUUAAAUGCGCACUGUAAAUUAUUAUGUACCACUACUCUUCUACAAGACAGUUAAUUUUAUUAAUAAAGUUUUGUACUGGCAUUUAUGAUA